GGGUCAACCUCUCUUGUUCCUGAACACUACGGAGCAUCUGUGUCUUCCAGAUCCACACCGUCCGUUAUCAUCGUCGAGUCUGCUGGAACAUGGUGACACACUGAACUCAGCUGUUCCAAGUGCGAAUGUUUGGAACAAGGUCUCGAUCAUCCAAAAGCACCAUUACGAAUCUUUUCUCGAAAUGCAGGGAAGGAACAUUCGUUCGCGACAAAAGCGGACGACGGACACCCUCGGUGUCAAUACACCAAUAUAUAUGUGGAAGCCGACCCCUAUCACGCCAGACUCCAGUGACCUCGGCAUUGGUGUCUGUAACAUCUUGGGUUGGUGUCUCUUGCCGCUCGUUCCCGUUUUCGAAAUCGAUGUCCGAAGACAAUGAGCUGGGUGCUUCGCAAUCGGGACACGCUGUGUCAAAAGUCCCUUUGGAUGUCUGGCACCUGGUUACCGCUUGGCUUGAGCCUUUGGGCCUCCUUAAGCUAUCAAUGACAUCGAAAUGGCUGUAUGACAUACUCAUGAACGAUCGCUAUAUAUGGAACCGUGAAGCGCGCCGGCUUAUGACACAGGAAUCCGUAUUGACCGCACCCAUUCCUCUUGACGAAAUGUCAAUGAAAGAUCUCCGAAAUUUCUCACUCCAUCCAUAUCGCUUUCGUGCUAACUUGUUGCGCGGAACGAUCGAAAUCUCUCGCGAACGCGAAUUCGAAUUGGGUGGCCCUUCCUUACGGAACUCCAGGUGUCUUCCUGGUGGACGGUAUGUCGUUGGUCUAGGGAAGGCUGAAGGCAGCGCGUGCGAGCUGCUUUGCUGGGACCUGAAGGACACUAGAACCGAGAGGGUCUUGAAUCCCGUGGCACGUUUCAUGUUGCCUUCAUCAAAUCUCAAUGGGUGCUAUUUUCAAUUCGGCGUGGAACACGGUCAUAGGAGCUACAUAACAUUCUCCGUCCUUUGCAGUGUUGGCCGACUUCACACAUCUUGGACUCACGAUGUAGUUCGCCUGGAAUGUGUUCAGAAUUCUGAUGGUCCUGUUAUGAGAUUUGUCAAAGUUGGGGCUUGACCACCUCGCAGAUAUUUGGUGAUAAGGAUCAAAGGACCAGAUAUGCAGGUCUAGGGUAUUUUGACGGAACAUAUGUCGUAAUCCCAUAUUGGCCUCGUUUCGUUGUCUGGGACUGGGCGAAUGAUGCUUGGUUCUCACUCGAUCUGGAUGCGGAUGAACAUUUCCUAUGGAU